GGGCGACGAGGUGGAGGGUUACACAAAGCAAAACGGAAAAGUAUAAAAUUUAAACUGGUGACGGCGUUUUGUCGUCAUGGUGAUAAGUUGAAGCGCGUAAAGUCUUUCAAAUCGAUCUUGUUCUGUUUAAGUUUAAGUAUUGAGAAAGCCAGUAAGUGAUAGUAAUUGUACUUGUGCUCGUACCUCUCGGCAACCAUGCAGCUACUAGCUACAAAAUCGAAGAUUGACUUACUCUCCUUCCUAUGAUCACUCGGGCAACAGAGCUACAACUUUCAUAGUCGUAUAUCUCAAACACAAACACAAACUCACCCAACGCAUACUCAAUCUUUGACAUUGAUUCUCAUUAUCGUCUAGAUGACGGCUCCGGUGCCCUUGCUGCGUGAGUUUAACCACAAUUUAGUGGCAUCCGUGGCGGACGCAAUUAUGGAGAGAGAUGACCAAAGGUACGACUAUUGUGGAACGGAAGAAAGGGCAAAGCUGAG